UGUCAAUAUAGCUAACACUUUCGAAGUACUUUUUCGUGUUUUAAACCGAUCAUUUUCACCCGCGUCGUGAUUCAUCGCGACUAUCGCGCUCUAGUCCGUCUCGGCGAAGUGAAGUUUUUACUAAUUAGUGACAAUUAAGUUAAUUUAGUUAAGUUUAUUUUGGAGAAAUUUCUGCUAUUGUUACCUUCUGUCCUGCUCGUCACAUAUCGCUUGGCUACUUUAUCAUCUGGCUGCCAGCCUUGGGCUCGGCGAUACAGACAAACAUGACGCGUCCGCAGCUUUGCGCGGCCGAUGUCUGCAGUAACCCUGGCGUGAGGCACAACAACAAACUCAUUCAGUGCUACGGCGGUUGCGACAAAAGCUUCCACUGGAAGUGUAUUGGACUCACAGCUGCCGGCUCUUCAGCGCUGAGAGACAACCCAGGAAUGUUUUGGUUCUGUGAAAAUUGCAAGAACAACUCUCUGUUUCGGCUUCACCGCAAGGUGGGAUAUAUUUGUGAAACAGUUGAGGCCACCCGCAUUCUCCUGAGACGUGUGGAAACCAACCUCGAGUCGAAAAUCGAAACUUGCUACAACAUGAUUGGAAACAUCUCCAAGCUGAACCAGCUAUCGUACGCUACUCUGGAAGCCUGCCAUGGUGACUUACACAACACUGCUGCCCUGGAUCUCUCUAUUCGUUCGGUUGGCGAUAAGGCCGUCGAAUCAGCUGCUGACGCAAAUGGGAAACGCAAACUCAGCGAGGGCAGCGUUGAUGUAGACGACGAAGUUGCUGCCGGUGACGACGAUGCUGUUCAAGAAUGCCCUUCGAAGCGUAAAAGGAACCUCCAGCACAGCCCAUCUCCUGCCGCUGAAGAUCUUGCCGACCUUCCCACUCCUACCUUCGCUUCUGUAGUUGCUGGUGUAACCUCACCUACCGAGCUUCCUGAACAGCCAGCCCGAAGUGCAGUACCUCCGCUCGCUGCUCCCCCCGUUCAACCUGAACCUGAACUCCCUGUUCAAGCUACCGACCCUGUGGUUGAAGAACCUUCGGUUUCCACGGGUAAUUACACAACAAGUAUAUGUCCAGCCGAAGCAGGACGUGAUACUGCACCACAAAUAAGUUAUUCCGAAUUUCACCAGUACUAUGUUCAAUUCGACGACAACGGCAAUGUGAUUCGUCGAUCUUACGACCCACCGACCCAAACGACCUCCACCACUUACGACCCACCGACUCAAACGACCUCCACCACUCCGAAUUCACCUACCAUCGAGCUCGCUAUGGAUGUUUCGACAAGCCCUGCGAGCUAUCUACAGACCAGCGCCGAGCAUCCACUGGAAGCCGAAUCUGUUCUGCCCGCUGCUUCCGCUGAUGGUGGAAUCUCAUCCUGUGCACCUUUGCCUGCAGUUCAACAUUUUGUCACAGGUAAUGGAUUACCCGACGGGCCAAAAUUUCUCAUAGAUGGCGCUGUUCGUUUGGUGGUAAGAAAUUCAAAUUUGUUCUGAGAAUUUUUCUUUUUUGUGAAUAUCUCAGCAACUACGAAUCGCAGGAUGACAAAAUUUGACCUGCUGGUUCAAAAAAAAAUUAGCUUUCACCAGGUCAAAUUUCAUCCCUAACCGGUCUUUAAUUUGGGAAAUAUUGAAUUUAAAUUGAUUUCCCCCAUACAUUUUUUGAAUCGCUUACUACCAGCGUGACAGCGGCCGCCAUGAUCGUUUUUCUCUUUCUCGCCUCGGUUUUGACAGCGAGAACUGCCAGCUCGAAAUGUCAAACCAUGUUUUUUUUGUUUAAUCGCGGAAUCGUCGUCGGAACGUCAUAAAUAUUAAACGCCGGUUAAAUCCUUUCCGGAAAGGUUCGCGUCGAAAUCGAUGUACGGUCCACGAUGUGCCGGUUUGUUUGUUUCCUGGUGAUGAAGGUGCGUGAAAAUUGACUUCCGAGGUGGAGGCGGUGGCUGUUGGCCUUGAAGGCGGUCCCAGUCGAGCCAGACAUCACCGGAGAAGGCGUUCGGCUCGAAACCUACCAUCACCGAGGAGGACCUUACCUCGGCCGAAGGUCCCAGCCAGCAGUACUGGGAGGUGCUGGCCGAGAAGCGACGCGCCGCCCUCCAGGAAUCCCUCUCGGAGAACAUGGACCUGUAUGAGCAGCUUUCGUCGCUCAAGAAGGAACUCAGCACGUCUAAACAGAUGCUGCAGGAAUCGCGCAAUAUCGUCGAAGUACUGACCGAGCUGCUGCAGGAGGACGAAGCCGAGAUAGAGCUGCAUUUGAGAAGCACGGCGGCGGAACUAGCCUGGAAGAUGACAGCGGCGUUGUGCCGGAAGUACCGAGCGACAGCGACGACGAUUCGCUUUACAUUUGAACGAUUUUCAGGAUGCUGCUCACUGCCAGACCUUCAUUCAUGAACUAAGGUGUCGGUCGCGAUUUGCGGCUAAUCUCUAGCCAACUGUAAGACAUGAUCAGGAAACGGGCGGAAGGACGAGUAUGGUUAUAUAGAUUCCGGAAGGAGACCUGCUACUGGCCCAGAUGGAGAACGGCGCGGAUGAUUAUCUAGGAGAUGUACAGGUAAGUUUAGUUGGUGGGGAUUGAGGUGUAAAUUGAAACUAAAGAAAAAAAAAUUGCAGGUUGAUGGAUCCUUCCAACCUGGCUGCAUUCGCUGCUGCCAUGAAGAUGAAGGCCGAACGUCCGGGAUCGAUGGCGUCGGAGGGAAGCCCGAUGAACCGCUACAAGUAUGAGUACGACGUUACGAUACUUUGCUGGAACAACGAGCAUGACUCUCCCGAAGAGGAGCACAACUACAUCCGGCUGGACAACUGCUUAUAUCAGUGCCGCUCUUGUUCCGAAACGUUCCGUCACCUGUUGAUGAUCCGGAAGAACACCAAGGCGGUGUAUCCGAUCGAGUAGAAGAGCUUCAAGCGUCCACAGUGCGUGAGAUGUUUCCCCUCGGCGGCCAUUCGCGAUCGCCUCGUGUGACCAGAUGUACGACUCGAAGAACGGCUCGAGCAGGACGUGGCGGCGGUACACGAUCCGGCUUCCGCCAACUACACGGCGGAGUGGUUGCGAUGCGAAGUUUUGAACCGAGAAAAAGUUCUUUGAUAUGUAUUUGAAGAUCUACCAUCAACGCAAGCCACCCCUGGUUCGGUUCCCGGAAGGGCCCAUGAGCACGUCCGGUAGAUCAUUCCCGAGAUUGCGUAAUUUCGGGCCGAAGUCGACGGACAGCUUAUCCUUUUCAUGCCUUGACAUUUCGCAGUUGAUCGAGAACACGUUCGGGAACCCCUCCCCCGGGGAACGGAGCACUCGCCGUCGAGAGCAGUUUUGACACCUCGCUCCAUAAUAAAUACAUUGUAGAAAAAACACAAACUGUUCGACGGCGGGUGCUCCAUUUAGCCUGCUUAGACAUUCCAAAAUAUUGGCCUCACUCCUGAAGAAAAUCUUUCAGUGUUGGCACUAUGCUAAGAAGUUCUGGUGCUCCAGGUCCCUCAGGGAUGGGACAUUGUAUUUCCACAAAUGCUCGGGACAUUGUUGGCGUGGUUAAAGCGCCACAACUCGCUCAUUAGUAUUUUUAUUUUUUAUAUUCUUUAAUUAGGCCGUUGCAAAUAUUCUUUACAGUUAAUGUCCCUUGCCUCUGGCCAAAGGCGAAGAAAGGGGGGGGGGCAAAAAGAUAAAAAUUGAAAUUAAAUACUUGCCAUAUUUACAACAAAGGGUGAGUGGGGAGACUUGAUCCCCUUUUUUGUAUCGCACAUAACUCUUUUAAUUUCUCACAAAACUAUUAACUUUUUGCAUGAAUUGAAAGCUAAAACAUUCAACUAUUUUUGGCUAAUAAAGUUAUUUAAUCAUAUGAUCUCUUCGAGUCAUGUCAAACGUUUCAAAAAAUAUAUUUUUAACCGGCUUUUUCGAAAUGUUAGGGGUAACUUGAUCCCCUUUUCAAAAUGUUGAAGAAAUGUUAAGCAAAAUGGAUGAAUAAGAACAUAAAGCCUAAACGUUUUUGUUUAAAAUAUAACAAGUUAAGUAUGUAAAAUAUUUAAAAACAUUGAGCAUGUUAAAUCUAGCUGGUAACUUGUUCAAACAAAAUAUUUGAAAAAUGGUUCAAAUUGUACUAAGUCACCUACAGCUAUACUAAAGGAAACCAUGUACGAAAUAACAAACCAAUUAAUUAAGUUUGAGGCUAAUUCCAUUAACUGUUAAAAUGCAUGGAUAAAGUCUCCCUAAUUGCACUUUUUAAACAAUUGGUUGUAAAAAUAGAAUGACAAUAAUUUUAACGUCAAAUGCGUGAGGGUUUUGUAGUUGAUAAGUUUAUCAAACAAUUCAUGUAUAACACAUUUUUUUUUUAUAAAUUUGAACUGUAUAUCAAAACAAAGAAAAAAGAUCUCUUGGAGAUUUUUGGCAGCACUUUUUAGAAAAAUUUGUGUAACUCAUUUCGAACAUUUUUAUUUUUUUCUUUGUUUUUCACAAUGAGUUUGAGUCAAUUUCGACAACUUUCUAGAACAAAACUAAUUUGUUUACCCGCAUGCUGACGAGAUACAGGCUAGGGAUCAAGUUUCCCCGGGGAUCUAGUCUCCCCACUCUCCCCCACAGU